UUCCCCGCUUCACCUAGUUACUCCCAACCUGGCUUCCACGCGUCCCCAAGCUACACCUCUGCGCGCGCGUCAUACCCCAAGUUUCUCUCGUUACAGGAUACGGUGCUAUUGCAGCUGCGAUGGGCGUGGCAUGGGUUGAGGGAUGCGUUCAGGUGGGAUCUGGUGUAUGGGACGGUCAUGAGCGACCAAGAAGUCCGCGCGAACAUCGUCAAGUCCCUCCUCCUCAACUCUCUGUCCCUUGCCUCGAUCUACGGCUUCGACCUUCUACUAGCACCCCUCCUGCACGGACAGACGCGCUGGGUACAUCGGAAUGUGGGGUGGUUUUAUCAGGCUUUGUGGUUGUUGCCGGUGGUUGGGGUGUCGUUUUAUUUGAAUAGCACCUGGUGCACCCUCAUCGCGAAGCGCACCUUCGCGUUGCAACACGGCUCGCGCGCCGCCGCAUCCGCGCAACAGCAGACGUACGCGGGCAUGCUCCGUGCCAUUGCGACCAGCGCGUACCGUGGAGUUAUGGUCCUGACCUCCGUCGCGCUCUCUCUGGCACUAGGAAUGGUCCCGAGGGUAGGCCGCCCGCUCGAGUUGGCGUUUUUGUGCUGGGUGGACGCGUACUACUGCUUCGAGUUUGUGUGGAUAGCACGGAACAUGGGGCUGGCGAGGCGGGUCCGGUAUCUCGAGGAGCGAUGGGCGUACUUCUUCGCAUUUGGUCUCCCCGCUUCCCUGCUCUGCACAUGCGGUACAGGCCUCGCGAAUGGUGCAAUCUUUGCGCUGGUGUUCCCCAUGUAUAUCAUCAUGGCGAUGCACGCGCGGCCGACGCCGACAGACCCGUACAAUCCCGCCGCAGAGGCACGACACCCGUCGCCUUUCGUGCCGAUUCGUUUGAGGGUGUUUGCGCCGGUGAUGUGGCUGAACGACUGGGUGGUGCGGGUGGUGAGUGUGGGCGGGGGAGGGAAGGUGAAGGGGCACAAGCGGGGCAUGAGUGAGGGGGAAACGGAGACGCUGGAGCAGGGAGAGGUGGGCGCGCCGAGUGCGAUACCAGGUGUGGGGAGGGGAUUCGGUGCGCGGGCGGCGACUAGUAGGGUGCAGUUGGGGAGGAGGAAGGCUGAUUAG